GUGGAAGGUGAAGAGUGCACUUUUCACUUUUUUUUAUUUAUUUUUUUUUUUUAUUGUAGAAUAUAAUCGUGAUGUCUAGCUCCUUCAUUAUCGACUGUAUAAAUAUAAAGCAUUACGCUCCACGCAACUGUACAUUUCCAUAACGCAGGAAGCGAGAAAAAAAGAGUUGUCUUGUGGUUUAACUUACCAGUUAUCAAGUGGAUUCCAUAGUAGGUGCCGGCCGUCCACUUGAGCGUGGCUUUCCGUCCGUCAUCUGAAACUUAAUCAGUGAAAGAUGAAGACGUGCAGUUCGCUACUCCUCUUCCUUUCCUGCUUUUUGGCACCGGUGUUGACGGGAUCGUUCGUCAAGAUACCCCUCAAGAAGACGUCCUACAGUUUCAAAACUUUGCCUGAAAUAGGAGCCUACACUUCUAACACAAUAAGUGCCCUGAAGGAGAUCAGCAAAACUGUGGACGACAUACUGGAGCAACGGCGCGCAGCCAUCUGUUGCAACAACGCGCUGGCUCAAGAGAACAGACUCGCACUGGCACUGCGAAGCACACUGUUCAGCUCCACCCUCGCUCUGAACCGACUACAAGAAGCAAUUAACCAAUACACGGAAAACCUGGAAAAGAGCUUGUACGAGUGUCUGAGCUGCGACAUCAACCCACUUAAUCCCCCGUGCAACCUGACUGACUGGCAGUGUCCCUCUGGCAAGUGCGUUUCAGAAGACGGGCUGUGUAAUGGAGUGGACGAUUGCGAAGACUCCAGCGAUGAAGCCACACUUAACUGUAUCAAGACCCCUUGUGGCCCAAACUUCCUGUGCAGGACAGACCAGGUGUGCAUCCACUCGGCGUACGUGUGUGACGACGAGUAUGACUGUUCAGAUGGCAGCGAUGAGACACCCUGUGUGCGCCCAACAGAUCCCAAGACAUGUUCAGAGGAUCAGUUCCAGUGUGUAACCUCAGGCAAUUGUGUGUCCAGCUCCUGGCGUUGUGAUGGUGACAAAGACUGUGAAGAUGGGAGUGAUGAAGCCAGCUGUCCCAGGCCUACAUGUUCAGAGGAUCAGUUCCAGUGUGUAACCUCAGGCAAUUGUGUGUCCAGCUCCUGGCAAUGUGAUGGUGACAAAGACUGUCAAGAUGGGAGUGAUGAAGCCAACUGUCCCAGCCCUACAUGUUCAGAGGAUCAGUUCCAGUGUGUAACCUCUGGCAGGUGUGUGUCCAGCUCCUGGCAUUGUGAUGGUGACAAAGACUGUGGAGAUGGAAGCGAUGAAGCCAACUGUCUCAGGCCUUGUCGUGAGGAUGAGUUCAGGUGUGAGUCUAGUGGUUUAUGUGUGCCUGGUGCCUUGCAAUGUGAUGGUCAGGAAGACUGUGAUGAUGGCAGUGAUGAAGAUUCCUGCACAGCAGCACCACCCACUACUACAUGUUCAGAGGAUCAGUUCCAGUGUGUAACCUCAGGCAAGUGUGUGUCCAGCUCUUGGCGCUGUGAUGGUGAAAAAGACUGUGAAGAUGAGAGUGAUGAAGCCAACUGUCCCAGGCCUUGUCGUGAGAAUGAGUUCAGGUGUGAGUCUAAUGGUUUAUGUGUGCCUGGUGUCUUUCAAUGUGAUGGCCAGAAAGACUGUGAUGAUGGCAGUGAUGAAGAUUCCUGCACAGCAGCACCACCCACCACAUGUCGUGAGGAUGAGUUCAGGUGUGAGUCUAGUGGUUUAUGUGUGCCUGGUGCCUUGAAAUGUGAUGGUCAGGAAGACUGUGAUGAUGGCAGUGAUGAAGAUUCCUGCACAGCAGCACCACCCACCACUGCAUGUUCACAUGAUGAGUUCCAGUGUGUAACCUCAGGCAUAUGUGUGCCCAUCUCCUGGCACUGUGAUUCUGUGGAGGACUGUUCAGAUGGGAGUGAUGAAGCUAACUGCCCUCUUAAGCCUAGUUGUGAAGAAGGUAAGCUGCAGUGUCUAUCAAGUGGCGAUUGUGUACCAAGGAACUGGCGCUGCGAUGGAUUCCCAGACUGCCAGGAUGGAAGUGAUGAGGAGAACUGCACUGAGGUGGUGAAGGAUGAAUGCAAAGACAGCCCCUGUAGCCAUGGGUGUCUGGAAGCACCAUGGCAUACACAAGGCUUUCUCUGCACCUGCCCAGAUGGAAUGACACUUUUAGCACAUGAUCGCCACACCUGCGUCCAGAGAGGAACUGAAGACAUCAAGGGCAUUAAUAAAAACAUCAAGGGUUAAUGGUGGCUUCUUUCCCCAUGGCUUGUGUGACUUGACUGCUCUAUUUUCCCAUAUUUGUAGAUCCUAGUAAUUUUUCUUUGGUACUAAUCUGAACCAUAUCCUCGUGUGAUGUUAGUAGAUAUAAAAUCCACAAAGGAAAGGUUACUGAAAUAUUGUUAAAUUUGUUACUGUUAGUACAGAACCACAUGUCUCUUUGAUUUUAUUAUUAGUUGCACUGGCAAUACAGUAUGGAUGAGGAAAUUUGUUUAGUUCUUUCUAGUGAAUAUUCCAUGCAUUUUUGUGGUGUUCAAUGUUAUACCUUUUCUUAUGUGCUAGUAAUUAGCAUCUUUCUAGAAUUAAAAUGCCCAUAAUCCAUUAUUUAGUGUUUUACUUUUUUCAAGAUUUGAGUUCUCAUUAUCCAGUUUUUAUGCAUGUAUUAUAAUAACAUGACUUUCCAAAAUAAAAAAAAAAUGCAUCCAAAA